GUUAUUCCUCUGCUGGGAUCAUUUUCAGUCACUCUCUCUAGAUUUUCUUGGUUCAGUUGCUCUGCAACUGAUCACUGUUUUCUCGCACUUUGUCGAAUCCUUUCUCUCAGACCUCGAACCAAGCGCCAUAGAAAAUGGUGUAGUCUCUUUUGGCUUAUUCUUUCGUCCGUUAGCUUCUGAUGUCCUGAUCCUGUUUUCCUGUCGCAUCCAUUUUCCGUAGUUUUCUUCACAUUUUCGGAUUCCACUUCGAUCUCGGCUGGAAUUGGCGAGACGCCAACUGCGAUUUCUCGUUUUGGAUCGGAAGCGAACAAUGUGAGAGUUUGAUGAAUCCAGCUGAUCGGUUAGGGUUUUGAUGACGAUGUGCGUUUGUGUGGGAACUUUGAUGAAGAAAUGAGUGGAGGAAGGUUUUCAGUAAUGCGUGGUGCAGUGGUUGAGGAAAGUAGGGUUUCGGUGGGGAAGGCGAGUUCGUGAUGUUGCGGACAGAGAGGAUGACUGCCGUGGAUCAGUCGAGAGCAGGUCCGGAAGAGAGGGACAUUGAAUUGGCCAUCAUUGCUCUUAAAAAAGGAGCACAUUUGCUCAAGUAUGGACGCAGGGGGAAGCCUAAAUUUUGUCCCUUCAGGCUGUCUAAUGAUGAAUCUGUUCUAAUAUGGUUAUCAGGAAAGGAGGAGAAGCGCCUUAAACUAAGCCAUGUCUCACGAAUUAUACCUGGGCAGCGGACUCCAAUAUUUCAAAGGUAUCCUCGGCCUGAGAAGGAAUACCAGUCAUUUUCGCUUAUAUAUAAUGACAGAUCUUUGGACUUGAUCUGCAAAGAUAAAGAUGAAGCUGAAGUCUGGUUGACUGGUCUCAAAGCGCUAAUAUCACGUGGCCAUCAUCAGAAAGGGAGAACAGAAUCAAGAAGUGGAGUUUCAUCUGAAGCAAAUAGUCCUAGGACACAUACCCAGAGAAGCUCCCCUUUGAGUUCACCAUUUGGUAGUGGUGACAGUAUGCAAAAGGAUGGGGUAGAUCCCCUUCGUCUUCAUACACCAUAUGAAAGCCCCCCUAAAAUUGGUUUGGAGAAGGCUUUAUCAGAUGUCAUACUAUAUGCAGUCCCUCCCAAGGCUUUCUUUCCUUCAGAAUCUGGUUGUAACUCUGUUCAUUCUUUGUCAUCUGGAGGCUCAGAUGGCAUAAAUGGGCGCUUGAAGGGUAUGGGUGUGGAUGCUUUUAGGGUGAGUUUGUCAAGUGCUGUUAGCUCAUCAAGUCAAGGUUCUGGUCACGAUGAUGGCGAUGCUUUAGGUGAUGUUUUUAUUUGGGGGGAGGGCACUGGAGAUGGUACUCUUGGUGGAGGCGUUCUAAGAGUUGGAAGUUCUUCUAGUGUUAAAAUGGAUUCUUUUGUGCCUAAGCCCUUGGAAUCUGCAGUAUUACUUGAUGUUCAAAAUAUUGCUUGUGGUGGAAGGCAUGCUGCUCUAGUAACAAAGCAAGGUGAAGUUUUCUCUUGGGGAGAGGAAUCAGGAGGCAGACUCGGACAUGGUGUAGAUUCUGAUGUCUCACAUCCAAAACUUAUUGAUGCUCUUAAAAAUAUGAACAUUGAACUUGUAGCAUGUGGGGAGUACCAUUCUUGUGCUGUAACGCUUUCUGGUGAUUUGUACACUUGGGGUGGUGGCUCUUACAAUUUUGGUCUCCUUGGACGUGGAAAUGACAUGAGUCACUGGGUUCCGAAAAGGUUAAUUGGACCUUCGGAAGGAAUACACGUUUCAUCUAUAUCUUGUGGACCAUGGCAUACAGCUGUUGUGACCUCUGCUGGGCAAUUGUUUACUUUUGGAGAUGGAACUUUUGGUGUUUUAGGACAUGGGGAUUGUAGAAGUGUCCCAAUACCCAGGGAAGUGGAAUCCCUUAAGGGCCUCCGAACUGUACGAGCAGCUUGUGGCGUUUGGCACACUGCUGCAGUUGUUGAAGUCAUGGUUGGGUCUUCAAGUUCAAGCAACUGCUCUUCUGGGAAAGUAUUUACGUGGGGAGAUGGAGAUAAAGGUCGUCUUGGGCAUGGUGAUAAGGAGGCAAGACUUGUGCCUACUUGUGUUGCUGCUCUUGUUGAGCCCAACUUUUGUCAGGUUGCCUGUGGACAUAGCCUAACUGUUGCACUUACAACUACUGGACAUGUUUACACAAUGGGAAGCCCUGUCUAUGGUCAACUAGGAGAUCCUCAAGCUGAUGGGAAGCUUCCUACCCGAAUUGAGGGAAAGCUUCUGAAGAAUUUUGUUGAGGAGAUUGAUUGUGGUGCUUAUCAUGUUGCAGUUUUAACUUCAAGAACUGAAGUUUACACAUGGGGAAAGGGAGCAAAUGGCCGAUUAGGUCAUGGUGACACAGAUGAUAGAAACACACCAUCUCUAGUUGAAGCUUUGAAAGACAAGCAAGUCAAAAGUAUUGUUUGUGGUGCUAAUUUUACUGCAGCUAUCUGUCUUCAUAAGUGGAUCUCUGGUGUUGAUCAAUCAAUGUGCUCUGGUUGCCGCCUUCCAUUUAAUUUCAAAAGAAAACGACAUAAUUGUUACAAUUGUGGACUUGUUUUUUGUCAUUCAUGUAGCAGUAAAAAGUCUCUUAAGACUUCUAUGGCACCAAAUCCCAACAAACCUUAUCGAGUGUGUGAUAAUUGCUUUAGCAAAUUGAGAAAAGCCACUGAAACUGACUCUUCUUCUCACUCUUCACUGAGUAGAAGAGGAAGUAUGAAUCAAGGGCUAAAUGAACUUGCUGAGAAGGAUGAAAAGUUGGAUUCAAGAUCUCAUGUGCAACUUGGAAAAUAUUCUUCUAUGCAAUCAUUUAAACAAGUUGAAAGCGGAACUUCCCGGAGAAACAAGAAACUUGAAUUCAAUAGUAGUCGUGUCUCACCCCUUCCAAAUGGAGCUUCUCAGUGGAGUGCAACUAAUAACUCUAAAUCUUUCAAUCCAGCUUUUCCCCCAUCUAAGAAGUUCAUUUCAGCUUCUGUCCCUGGAUCAAGAAUUGCAUCUCGAGCAACAUCACCGACAUCCAGACAGUCCAGUCCUCCUCGUCCUGCAACCCCAACACCAAUUCUGGCUGGUCUAACUUCAUCAAAGAUUGUUGUGGAUGCCAAGAGUACUAAUGACAAUCUAAGCCAAGAGGUUCUUAAAUUAAGAGCUCAGGUUGAGAAUCUUACUCGUAAAGCACAACUUCAAGACGUUGAGCUGGAAAGAACAGCAAAACAGCUGAAAGAUGCUAUUGCAGUUGCUGGGGAAGAAAGUGCAAAGUGCAAAGCGGCAAAGGAAGUGAUUAAGUCACUUACAGCUCAACUGAAGGACAUGGCGGAAAGGUUACCUGUUGGAGCAGUGAGAAACAGCAAAUCACCUCCCUUCAGUUCUAAUAGCCCUACUCCCCUCAGUGAUGUUUCUACUGUAGCUACUGAACAAAUAUGUGGUCCAAUAACUUUUCAUGAAUCAGAUUCAAUGGGAUCAAAUUGUGUGGUGAUUUCUAAUGGGUCAAGCACCAGCAGUAACCAUUCAAGUUAUGCAAGAGUGGGGCAUUCUGAAGCAAUAAUAAGAAAUAAAAACAAAACAGAUGCUGAACCCUACCAAGGGGUGGAAUGGGUUGAGCAAGAUGAGCCAGGUGUAUACAUUACCCUUGUUUCAUUGCCAGGAGGAGUCAAAGAUCUUAAGCGUGUCCGCUUCAGUCGAAAGCGGUUCAGUGAGAAACAAGCAGAACAGUGGUGGGCAGCUAACAGGGUUAGAGUCUACCAGCAGUAUAAUGUCCCCUUGGUUGACAAGUCUUGUAUUGGCAUAGGAAGGGAAGGCUUAGCUCAUUGACUUGCCCACACAUGAAGAUGUGAGACAAAAUUGCAAUAAUUUCAUCCUCCAGGCUUCAUAUACUCUCAUGUGUCUUAAUUGCUUUAAAUUUUGGCUGGAUGAAGCAACAAGCUGGAUGGAUGAGAGAGGGUCGAUUAUGGUUUUUUCCUUAACUUUUUUUUUUCUUUUUGAGGAAUGCCAUAAGAGUUAGUACAGUUGAGGAAUGUAAAUUCUUAGUAGGUUGCUGGCUUUCAAUUCAAAACAGCUGCCCUCUGUAAAUUCAUAAAGUGAAUACUGCCUUCCCCAUGUUUCUAUUUCAAUGUCUACCUCAUUCUUGUGAUAACCACAGGGUGAUUAGCGACUA